GGAGGAGCCGCCGCGCGAGGGGUCGGGCCGGAGCGCGAGGGCCAGGCAGGCAGGCCGGCCUGCGAAGGCCCGGACGGGGCGGCCGGCGAGAGAAGGAGCGAGCGGGGCAGCGGGCGGGGCUCCUGACAAAAGUGGAUGUCAUGCCCAGGUGCGUAACCUUCUAACAUGGAAGACGGAGGUCAGAAAGAAGUAAUCGACUUGAAUAGUUUCCGGAGCCAUCGAGGGAAAGAUAGGGUUAACCACCGAGACGAGGGACUCAUCACGAUAUCGGACUCCUCGGACGAAGACUUGCCUGUGAUGUUGGACACACCUGUUAACCUGCAGUGGGAAGACGAGGAUGAUGAAGACGUGGUCAUCUUGAUGGAGACAGCCACCAAGAAAUUCCUGCGGCCCAACGUCAUCAAGCCCGCCGCUCCCUGGCAAGUCGUUAACAAGACGGGGGAAGGAGGAUCUAAUGGCGAGGUGGUGGCCCUCCCUCACAAAGACCAGAAGGCCAAAACCCCGACUUCUCCGAGGCUGCCGGGGACCCGCCGGAACGGCCUGAAGACGGGAAGUGCGAGAGCAAGCGCGAGCCAGACCGAGGUCUUGGAGUUACCCGAUUCUCCGGAUCCUGCAGACCCCGGGGAAGUGAGGGGCACCGAGGCUGGGCCCAGCGUGGCUCAGAAGAGAGACAUUGUCCCGGAGGUCAUUAAUUUGGAGGAAGUGGGGGCCAAUCAGGACAACAACCAAGAAGGCGAACGAGAUCGGACACUCCCGCCACGGCCAGCGCCCAACCUCGGAAGGGUUUCCCACUGCGCCCAGCAGAACAUGCGGCUGGAUCAUCCGUACUUCCAGCCGGCGAAGAAUGAGGCACGGACUGGGGUCCACCCUCUUCCUUCUCAGCCAGCACCAUUGGAACGAGAGCUGGGACCUUUGCCGAGGGUUUACCAAGGAGAGAUCCCCGGGCCGGCUUUCCCCAGGCCUGAGCCUCAGCAGGAUGGGAUCCCAGGGCCGGCUUCCCCUCAACUUGCUCACCCGCCAGAGGAAAAUGGAGGCCAGCCAGCGGCAAUAAACGAGCAGGCUGGGCCAGCGUUCCCAGUCCAAGGGUCGCUGGAUACCAGCACCGGUGAGCUUCCCAAACAGACGGCUACCCUGUUGGACAAAGAUCUCUUUGUGCUACUCACCCGAGAAACGGAAGCCAGGUUUCCAGACGCAACGAGAGAGUACAUCGAAGAGCUGAUACAGAGCAAAAACUGCAGCGACUUAAACAUACUCUGUAAUUUUCUUCUGGAAAAUCCAGACUACCCAAAGAAGGAACUCAGUAUGGUUUUAAAUCCAAAUAGCAGCCUGCUUUCCAGCCAAGACGAGACAAAGGUGCCUAAAGUGGACUAUUUUGACUUCUCCAAACUGGAUCCACUCGACCAACGUUGCUUCAUCCAAGCCGCUGAUCUCCUCAUGGCUGACUUCAAAAUGCUAAGCAGCCAAGACAUCAAGUGGGCACUCCACGAACUCAAGGGACACUAUGCAAUCACACGAAAGGCCUUUUCCGAUGCCAUCAAAAAAUGGCAAGAGUUAUCUCCCGAAACCAGCGGGAAGCGAAAAAGAAGGAAAGAAAUGAAUCAGUAUUCCUACAUAGACUUCAAAUUUGAGCAGGGUGACACGAAGAUUGAGAAGCGCAUGUUUUUCUUGGAGAACAAGAGGCGCCACUGGAGGAGUUAUGACCAGCUCUCCCUUCUACCCCCUGUGCAGCUGGAGAGGGAGUUUUACGAACAGAAGAUCAAAGAGAUGGCAGAGCAUGCAGAUUUUCUUCUUGCCCUGCAGAUGAAUGAGGAGCAGUAUCAAAAAGAUGGCCAGCUGAUCGAAUGCCGCUGCUGCUACGGGGAAUUUGCAUUCGAAGAGCUGACCCAGUGUGCUGACGGACACCUGUUCUGCAAGGAAUGCUUAAUCAAAUACGCACAGGAGGCCGUUUUUGGCUCUGGGAAGUCGGAGCUCAGCUGCAUGGAAGGGAGCUGCACCUGUUCAUUCCCCACCACCGAACUGGAGAAAGUGCUUCCUGAGAACAUCCUCUGUAAAUACUACGAGAGGAAAGCCGAGGAGGAAAUAGCGGCUGCUUGCGCAGAUGAACUUGUCAGGUGUCCCUUUUGCAACUUCCCGGCUCUCCUGGACAAGGAGGUGAAGCGGUUCAGCUGUCCAAAUCCAUGCUGCAGGAAGGAAACCUGCCGAAAAUGCCAAGGCCUCUGGAAAGAACACAUGAACCUCACUUGUGAGCAGCUGGCUGAAAAGGACGACAUUAAAUACAGAACAUCCAUAGAAGAGAAGAUGACAGCGGCCUGCAUCAGGAAGUGCCACAAAUGCGCCACCGGCUUGAUCAAAUCGGAAGGCUGCAACCGCAUGUCAUGUCGUUGCGGGGCCCAGAUGUGCUACCUCUGCCGAGCGGCCAUUAAUGGCUACGACCACUUCUGCCAGCACCCUCGUUCCCCGGGAGCCCCGUGCCAAGACUGCGCGAAGUGUUCCCUUUGGACGGACCCCACGGAGGAUGAUGAGAAGAUCAUCCACGAAAUUCAGAAGGAGGCGGAAGAAGAACAAAAGAGAAAGAACGGAGAAAACAGUUUUAAGCGGAUCGGCCCUCCGGCAGAAAAACCCGCCGAGAAGAUCCCGCGGAUUGAAGCCAUCCCCAGGCCGGUUCCCCAGAACCUCCACCACCACCACCACCACCACCACCACCAAAUACGCCCCUACCCCUUCGGCCACCCCCCUUUCCCCCUCCCCCCGGUGCACCCCCUCUACAACAACCUCGGCCCCAUCAACCUCGGCCCCAUCCCGGCCCCUUACGUCCCCCCGCUGCCCAACAUGAGAGUGAACUACGACUUCCCCCAAAUGAACCUGCAGUUGGAGCACAACCUGCCUAUGCACUUCGGGCCUCAGCCUCGCCACCGGUUCUGACCCAAUAUUUGGGAGGAGGCGCCGUUCCUUCCGGAACUUGCUGCAGGGAAAGUCCACACACUGGUUGUCGAUGCUCCCCACCCCACCCCUCACUCCACAAAACCGCAACGUCCGUCUUCGCUCUGGUUCCCUCCCGCUUCCCCGUGAUCUUGUCUCCCACUCCAGAGGUCCAUUUCCCUGCCCUCCGCUAGGUGCAGGGGAGCCCAAGUUUGCAAUAAGGGUCUUCCAACUUGGCCCGAUUUAAGACUUGUGGACUUCAGCCCCUGAUCUAGAGGACGCCUGAAGAAGACACGCUGGCUAGGUUCCACCACCUUCUCCUGCAACGUAACUCUCUGGCUCAAGGGCCUCCCAACUUGGCGAGUUGAAGAUUUGCGGGCUUCAACUCCUAGAAUUCCUGAGCUGACAUCAUAGCUGGAGGAGGAAUUCCGAGAGUUGAAAUCCACAAGUCUUAAAGCGGUCAAGUUUGGAGACCCCCUGCAAUAAGGGUUUAUCCCGGCACUGUUGAUUUCUCUCCAGGUGCUCUCGGCGUCUGAGGAGAAGGGCUUCCACAGGAGGUGGGUUGGAGGGGCGACAGCAUUGCCCAAACAUGUUCUGGGUCAACUCCUUCCACAGCUGCAAGACCUCCCAGCAUCUCCACCCAAGCAGCGGUAGAGGGUUGGUAGAGGAACGCUGGAGUAUUUGAACUGCUCAGGUGGUUCCUUCCCAGAAAGCCAGCCAUGGUGAGGUUUUCUUGGCUUAGAUCAGAGGUCUCCAAACUUGGCAACUUUAAGACUUGUGGACAUCAACUUGAGACUUGAAGUUGAAGUUCACAAGCCUUAAAAGUUGCCAAGUUUGGGGACCCCUGGCUUAGAUCUUCCAGGGCUUCCCUCUUCUGCUAGGAAAAGCAGGGUAACCAGGUGCCCUUUUUUAAGAAGGGGGUCGGGGGUUCCUAAAAGCCAGCUUGGAGAGGCCCUCGGAAAUUUGACACGCCUUGAGGACAGCUCGGUGGGGCGGCUUGGAAAGUCACAAACCAGAUCGGUCUUGGAAAUCGGUGGGGCGGCCAUCGCCCCUGGCCGGCUUCCGCUUUUCAGGAUCUUGUGUCUGGAGUUGGAACCCUGAUUUGGCCAUUGGCGCCAAAGCAUUAUGGGUCCCAUGGAGGUUUUUCCUCUGCCGUUGCGUGGAGUGAAGCGAUGACGAUCUGGCUGGCCUACAAAGAGGUCAAAAGUAUUGGGGUUCUGGGGAAAGACAGGUGUGCAAUUGGGUUUGGGCCCCCUCCGCAUUUCUCUGGCGUUGGGGUGAACGCUCAGGUUGCUCCCACAGCUGGGAGAACUGCCCCAAUGCACCCUGGACCUCCCCCACUUCCCCCCCUCCUUACCUGUGGGAGCACCUGGCUCUAAGCUCCCUUAUGCAUCCUCCAGCUCUUGAAGCCCAGGUGUGAAGAGGUCACCAGGAAGUGAGAUCCAUUUAGGGCUUGAGUUGUUCAGCGGAGGUUUAUUUGAAGAGCUGGCUUUAGACCAGUGUUUCUCAACCUGAGUGGCGUUAAGAGGAGUUAAGGCUUCGACUCCCCGAGUUCCUCGGCCAACUGUGGGAGUCGAAGCCCACCCACCUUCAAGCCCAGACUUCCCAGCCAGCUCUGGGAGUUGAAGUCCACCCACCCCAUUAAGGUUGAGAAACAACGGUUUAGAUCGUUUGGAUGGAUGGAAUCCGUUCUCCAAAUCUUCCACUUCUCCCAGACAUCCCCUUCCAAUCUUUUGCACACCUGUACCCCCCUUCGGUCCUCUGUAGCUUCAAUACCCUCCUUGGAAGAGUUGUGACCUCCAAAACACGCCAGAAAGUCCCUGCGUGAUCAGCCAGCCCCACCAGAGCUUGGAGGAGAAGGAAGUAAGCACCACGGCUGGUCCUUGUGAUUUCAGGAAGGAAGAACGGGUGGCGUCUUCAGAAACAGCUUCCCUUCCCAAACCUAACAGCCAAGCACAUCGGGUGGAUGACCUUUCUUCCAAAGAGUUGGCCAGCGAGGGUCUCUCUGGGUCACAAGUCUGGAAUCUGAGAGCCUCUUGCAUCUUGGUAGACGCCAGGUUGGGGGGGGGGGGGGGGGAAACGUUGCAGAAAAUGGCUGUCGUCUUCUAAACAUAAAUCCAAACUUCCCCCACAGUUUCCUUUGGGGCCUUGGCUCAGCUCAAAGCAAUAGAAUACAAAUGAUAGUUUUUGAACAUGGACUAGCUUUGUUUGUCUCCCAAAUCGCUCCCUCCCUCCUUCAUUUUUUUUUCCCUUUAAAUUUCCUCUAUGAGAAAAAACUAUAUAUUGACAGGAUCCUUUGGCCAUAGCAAAGAGGCCCGAGGCCUGUGAAUAUUGUGAUUUCUUCCCUCCUUCCAUUACAUGCGGAAAGGAAUCAGAACCGCCAGGAAAGGGCUGCUUUCCAAGAGUUUCCUCCCUGAUUCUAGCUACUGGUUUCCUUUACAUAAUAUUAACAAACCAGGAUUUAUGUUUGCUUUUUAUCCCUCCUCCAGUUGACAUUCUCCCCUUUCCUCCUGGACAUGAUCAUGCAACUCCCGAUUCUUUACCGCUAGGCUUUCAAAUUAUUCUGAAAUAAACCGGUGAUCCUUUUGAACAGCUGUUCACUUCCAGGGUAGGGGGCUCACACAACCCAGCGUGUAUGUAGAUCUACAUAGCCCACAUAAUGCCCAAUCGAUAAGGAUUGAUCAGACUGAUUGAUAGCACAAUGUUCCCCCUGGCAAAUUUUGGACCCUUGGCGAAAGAAUGGGAUGCAUUCCACGGUGAAAAUAUAUCUCGGUGUUGGGACUGGCUGGGAAUUUCAUCCAAUAGGAGCCAUAUUUUCUUGACGUUCUUCCAUCCCAAAGUUUCCUGUUGUCUUCCAUUCCGCAUGUUGCCAUUCCGGCUCUGUCUUAGCCACGUAAAUUCAAAAUCGUGUCUUUCCUUUGCUGUCGUUCGGCCACGAAAACCAAGCCCACGAACCACGUUAAGUCCAAGUUGAUCUGAUAACUGCUAUAUGGAUCUUAUUCAGGUUUUUAAAUCUGCACCUUAACCUUAAACUGUUGGCUUCUUGGAGGUAGCAAUUAUUCAUCUCUAUAAAUGUAAAAAUUAGCUACUGCUUAAAACCCAAAAGGGACCUGUUUCUCCUAGAAGUACUUGAGUUUAGAACGAAUCCUCAUUCCUAGGAAAUUGAGUUCUUUUGCAUCUUAAAGCUUUUUUUUAAAAAAAACAUAUUCUGGAUAGGUUUUGGCUAUUUGGGCUAGUUUUAAAAUGAAAAGGACUUAACCUCCUUCAUUCUUCUCCUACAUCAUUCAUCUGCUGAUGCAGAAAUUCCCUUCUUCCUCUUCCUUCUUGUGCUUUGAGUUCCAAAAUAUUAGCUCAGCUUUUUCUGUUGGGUAAAGGUUGAAUUUAUUUACUCCUGGUUGUAGAAAAUCCAACCUGCCUCUUUGAUAUCAUUUCUGUAAGAAUCUUGAACAAGGAGUUGGAACAAGGUUGCCCAUAACAGGUGGGGGGAAAUUCUUUUAUCAUUUAACUCAAGAGGUGUCCAACCUUGGCUACGUCAAAACCUGUGGACUUCCAACUCCCAGAAUUCUCCAGCCAGCCAAGAUCCUUACAGAAGUGAAAUUCUGGGAAUUGGAAGUCCACAGGUCUUAAAGUUGGAGCCCCCUGAUUUAACUAGUAAUUUCCAUUUUUGGUGGGAUAGAAAAGAAGGCCAGACUCUCAUCACUAGCCAUGUUCACCUUAUAUUUCAGCAUCUUCUGGAGAACUUCACUCAUGGUUUAGGAAAGACAGUCUUGGACUUUUGGAGGUUGUCUCCCAGUUCAUUUGAGGAAGAAACUAUGGGUAGGAAGAAGCCCAAAGCAUCAAGAAAGGUAUUUGUGGACAAAGACAUCUGACUCCCAUUGGCUCUUUGCUUUUUUCCAAAAUUACCUACAAGCUUCUCAGAAGGAAGGGACUUCCCAAAACAUGCAGUCUCAAGAAUCGUCCAGUUUUAAUCAAUUCCCACUGAGAUGAUUGAUUGAUUGAUUGAUUGGCCUGAUCUGUAACAGGUAAUGUCGUACCAAACCCAUCUUUUUU